AUGAGACCAUUGGAAACAUACAACAUAGAUUUCUUUCUUCCUUUCUUUCUUUCUUUCUUUCUUUCUAUUUCAUUCCGUUCAUAUCUAUCUAUCUAUCUAUCUAUCUAUCUAUCUAGGAAUGUUUAUUUGGUCAGUGCAAUAUUCUCCUUCGAGUCUGUUCUGCGCACAUUCUCGGUUGACAGUUUCUCCUCCAAGGGUGCUUUUGACCGAGUGUCCACAGCGAUUGCUGUGUUCACUUUGAAGCUGUCUGUUCAAGUUUGCAUACGGCUGUCGAUCUCCCUUUGCGGCGAGGCAACGAUCGAAAAGAGCGGUCAGGCAACGAUCGAAAAGAGCGGUCAGGCCACUCGUCUUGCGACGUUAGAGUUGACAGAUUGCCAUAUCUAUCUAUCUAUCUAUCUAUCUAUCUAUCUAUCUAUCUAUCUAUCUAUCUAUCUAUCAUAUGCUGUCCAUUCUGUUCACGUCUCAGUCUGUUCCUAUCCUAUCUAUCUAUCUAUCUAUCUAUCUAUCAUAGUUUGUUCAUGUCCCAUCUGUUCCUAUCCUAUCUAUCUAUCUAUCUAUCUAUCUAUCUAUCUAUCUAUCUAUCUAUCUAUCUAUCUGUGUGGUGGCUGGAAAAAUUGCGCAUUUUCUUCAGGUGGCUGUAUUUCAUUUCCAUUUUGA